GUGCCAACUAAAUGUGCCCACUAAAUAUUAUGUCCCAACAUAUACGGAGUUUAGUCUUAUUAAGUUCCACUUCUUAAUCUCAAUUCCAAAUUAAACUUUCUAUCCGGCUGGCCUAUAUAUUAACCCUUUCAGGCCUUAAAUUUUUUACAGAUUUUUCCACACCCUGUACAAGAAGCAAAUUACGGUUUCGAUCUCCGGCCAUGAAUAUGUUCUCAGCCGGGUUCUUUUUCAUUCUUUUAAUGAUUCCGGUCCUACUUGUCUCCGCCGCCGAAGACUGCAGUGAUGACUCCGGUUAGGACGGACGGGACCGGGUCGAGGCCUCGAAGUUGAAGGCCAUAUAUAGCGGCUAUUGCCAUUCUUGUAGCCGGAUUUCUGGGCGUCACUUCCCGAACAUGGGGAAGUACUUCCAGAUGUUCCACCCGGACAGCAACUUGUUCUUCCUCGUGAAGGCGUUUGCCGCUGGCGUGAUCUUAGCCACCGGUUUCAUCCACGUGCUCUCGGGCGCUUUCGAGACCCUCGGCAGCCCUUGCCUGCCGGAGAAGCCCUUGAGCAAAUUCCCCUUCCCUGCCUUCGUGGCGAUGGUGGCCGCCUUAUGCACGAUGAUGGUGGACUUGUUCGCGAUGAGCUAUUUCCGGAAAGCCCAAUUGGACAAGCCCAAGCCCGUUGACGAAGAAAGCCCGGCCCAGGCUUAUGCGCAAGUGCCCAUUCACACGCACGCGACCCAUGGGCAUGCUCACGGUUCGGUUGAGCCUUACAGCGGCUCUAAUCUAACACAACGUGAUCAUCAGGAUAUCUUUUGGAAUUGGGGGCAUAUGUGGCCGGACGUUGACACGAUUAAGCCCCUACCGGUGGCGUUGAUUUCCCAUCAACUCUUCGGAGGCAUGGGACUCGGCGGGUGCAUUGCCGAGGUAAAAAAAUGGGAGGGGGGAGGCAAGUGGCAACCAACGCCUUUCAGGAAAUUGCCUUCUCGGUGGUUUGGACACUGUCGUGAAUAUGUGGGCGAACAGUUCAGAGGUGGAAGGCAGAGAAGGAUCGUAAAUCUUGGUUGCUAUGGUUGUACCAGCUACUGAUCAAUCUCCUCAUAGUGAUUCUACUUUCUUAGGUAAUCAUUCUGUCUUUCUUUCCACUAUUACAUCUAUUAUAUGGAUUCUAGAUACUGGAGCUUCUGAUCACAUGAUUCAUUAUUUUACCUUAUAUACUUCUACACCCAAACCUAUUUCUAUUAAAGUUCAAUUACCAACUGGAUCCUUUAUUACUG